AUGUCCGUCUCUGAUACCGACAGCGCAAAUGGUCUUGAGCAAGGAAACAACGUUCAAGUUUUCGACGUUGGCAUGUUCGAGGGCGGCAGUGAAGGCAGCGGAUUCCACAUCAAAAACAACCCUCAAGACCCUUAUCAACGCUCGGAAGUCAUUCAACGGACUGGCCACGGCGUUGACAUCAGGUGUGCGCUCAUCGACGCCGUUCACGGGGCCAUGUCUGCGGAAAGUGAUUUCUGGGCGACUCUCUUGGUCUUUCAGUUUCGUUUCGAUCCCCAAAAGAGAGCGCGUCGUGUUUCUGGGGCGACGAUCGAGCUACGGUUUGACGUUUCUGACGCAAAGCACGGCUUCCCAGAAGUUGAAGCAGUGUCCUUCGAUGGGAACUACAGCUUUUUGCCUAGUAAGCAAUCCGAGACCAUGACUAAAGGCGGGGAGGGAGGUGUCGGUGCCAAUUUCGCGGCGGAAAUCAAUGCUUCAGCCAAAUGGGAAAAGACCAUCGCCAGAGAGACGACAGAUGCGACGACCAUCAAUGGCGGCAAGCUCGUUGUCAACAACAUGCCGCCUAAUCGAAUCGCAAAAUGGACUCUGCUGGAGAACAAGACGCUCAAAACGGGAGUUCCCGCUUCCAUCCGGGUCGCUGUGAGGGUAAAAAGGAGAGAUGAGGCCAUUUUCACCUGCAUUCCGAAGUUGGAGUGCAAAGCCGAUGUGUGGACGUCAAUGGGAUCUUUUUUUAAUAGAGUCCCUGAAGACGAUCCGCUGUACCUCAAGCCGACCAUGAAACCUACGAACAAUCUCAUGGACUACGACACCGAGGAGCUGGGGAGCGUUGACUUGCAGAAGCUUAGUGAUGUUACUUUCACGACCAUGAUAUUGGACGCUCAGAAAUAG